AUGCACUUCCAGAAGCUCGCCAUCGUCUUUGCCCUUUCCGCCAUCGGUCUUGCUCAGGAUGUCGACAACGACGAUGUUCCCAUGCAGUGCCGCGAUGUCUGCGCCUCGGUCGUUACCCUGACCCGUGACUGUGACAACAGCACCAACGACGAUGCCGCUGAGCGCCAGUGCGUCUGCAACGCCCAGAACGCCAAUACCGCCAUCCCCCUCUGCGCCGCCUGCAUCACCCAGAACGGCGGAGAGCUUGACAACGACGUCUCCGACAUUGUCCGCGAAUGCUCCUUCAGCACUACUUCCUACAACCCCUCGGCCGCUUCUACAGCCCCUCCGGCUUCUGCUUCCGGUACGUCUGUUGGUUCCGUUACUUCCAUGGUUUCGAUGACUUCGGCCAUGUCGAACGCUUCUUCCGCCGCUCCGACAACUACCAUGUCUGGAGCGACUUCUGGUUCAUCUGCGGCUUCUAACGCUGCUUCAGCGACUUCUGGCACGGGUGGUGCUGGUGGUGCUCAACAGACCACUAACGGUGCCCCUGCACCGACUAUGGCUGCCGCGGCCAUCGGAUUGGGUGGUGUCCUUGGUGUUGCCGGACUUCUCUUGUAG